AUGGUUGUGUCUAAUAGGUCUCUGCUCCAAAGAUAUGGAUUGACCGUGUCGCAAAUUUGGUUUUAUUUGGGUUUCUGGACUAUACAUUUCGGCAUUUUCGCAGCGGGAUGGUAUAACCAGUCAUCAGACAAGAGGCUAUCAGGAUUAAACGUCCUCAAGUACUCCGUUUAUAUAUCUAGGGCCGCGGCCAUGGUUCUUACUGUCGACGCAACUUUGAUUCUUUUGCCCAUGUGCCGGAAUGCUCUACGAUGGCUUCGUCCUCAGAUUCGCUGGUUGCCUCUCGAUGAAUCGGUCUGGUUUCAUCGUCAAGUUGCUUAUGCCAUGUUGUUCUUCACUUGUGCCCAUGUGGCAGCCCACUAUGUGAAUUUCUAUAAUAUCGAGAAAGAUCAGAUUCGACCGAUACUGGCAGUGGAAAUUCACUACAAGAGUGCAGGUGGUAUCACUGGUCAUGUCAUGCUAUUAUGCAUGUUACUAAUAUACACCACGGCGCAUGCUCGAAUCCGACAACAAGCGUUCGAGACCUUUUGGUAUACUCACCAUCUAUUCAUUCCAUUCACUCUUGCUCUCUACUCCCACGCAACUGGGUGCUUUGUGCGAGACAGCCCCGAGCCGUAUUCACCAUUCGCUGGUGAAAAAUUCUGGAAACACUGCUUAGGCUAUGAAGGAUGGCGAUGGGAGCUCGUAGCGGGCUCCAUGUACCUCUUUGAGCGACUUUACCGGGAAAUACGAGCUCGAAAAGAAACUGUCAUCACCAAAGUCAUUCGUCACCCAUAUGCCGCCAUGGAAAUCCAGUUCCAAAAGCCAAGCAUGAAGUAUAAAGCAGGACAAUGGCUGUUCCUUCAAGUCCCUGACGUCUCAACCACCCAAUGGCAUCCGUUCACCAUUACGUCCUGCCCUUUUGACCCCUACAUCAGCGUCCAUGUCCGCCAAGUUGGAGAUUUCACCCGCGCCCUCGGAGACGCUCUGGGUUGCGGUCCCGCACAAGCAAAGGACCUCGAAGGCCUAGAUCCAAACGGGAUGUACGAAGUCGCUCUCCAAAAUGGGCAAACCAUGCCAAAGAUGCGCAUUGACGGACCCUACGGAGCACCUGCCGAAGAUGUAUUCGAGAACGAAAUCGCCGUCCUCAUCGGAACAGGUAUCGGUGUCACACCCUGGGCAUCUAUCCUGAAGAAUAUCUGGCAUCUUCGCUCGAGUCCCAACCCGCCCCGCCGUCUACGUCGUGUGGAAUUCAUCUGGAUCUGCAAAGACACCUCCUCAUUUGAAUGGUUCCAGGCUCUGCUCUCGUCCCUGGAGGCGCAAUCUGCGAACGCCGCUGCUUUCGAGGGAAAUACCGAGUUCUUGCGUAUUCAUACCUACCUCACUCAGCGCCUUGAUGAGGAUACUGCUGCGAAUAUCUAUUUGAAUUCUGUUGGGCAGCCGCUUGAUCCGCUUACUGAGUUGAGGAGUCGGACGAAUUUCGGUCGUCCGGACUUUAAACGCUUGUUUCUGGCUAUGCGGGCUGGGUUGGUAGAUCAGACCUAUAUGCGUGGAUUGCAGGCUACUUCUUCUACAGAGAUUGGUGUUUACUUCUGUGGACCCAAUACUGCGGCCAUGCAGAUUGAUGAGGCGGCUAGGUUUGCGUCUUCCAAGGAAAUUCGGUUCAAGUUCUGGAAGGAGAACUUUUAG